AACAAGCAGCCAGUGAUUAAAACGGGAACAUGGCGGCCGCGGAAGACUCAGCAGCUCCAGCUUCCUCUUACAAAGCAAAGGUCAGCGCUGGCGGCAGCUUGAGCGAUAGGAGCCGGAGACUUUACUGACCUCGCAGGCUUGAGAUGUAUCUGAAGAUUGAAGUUUUCAAAUAUACAACCAAUACUGAUUUGACUGCCUCACUGAGUCUUGUUGCUGAUAUGUGUUUAAGAUGAGUGGAAUUGGUGAAAAUUCCUCUGACCCAGCCCGGGCAGAGUCAAGAAAACGCAAGGAAUGUCCUGAUCAACUUGGACCCAGUCCUAAAAGAAGCACUGAAAAACGUAAUCGUGAACAAGAGAAUAAGUAUAUAGAAGAGCUUGCAGAGCUGAUUUUUGCUAAUUUUAAUGAUAUUGACAAUUUUAACUUCAAACCUGACAAAUGUGCAAUCUUGAAAGAAACUGUGAAACAGAUUCGUCAAAUAAAAGAACAAGAAAAAGCAGCAGCAGCCAAUGAAGAUGAAGUACAGAAAGCUGAUGUGUCAUCCACAGGUCAGAGUGUAAUUGACAAGGAUGCACUUGGACCAAUGAUGCUUGAGGCCCUCGAUGGAUUCUUCUUUGUAGUGAAUCUAGAAGGUAAUGUGGUAUUUGUAUCAGAGAAUGUGACACAGUACUUACGGUACAACCAAGAAGAACUGAUGAACACAAGUGUCUAUAACAUCCUACAUGUUGGAGACCACAAUGAAUUUAUCAGAAACCUGCUGCCAAAAUCUUUAGUGAAUGGUGGACCUUGGUCUGGUGAAUCUCCUAGGCGUAACAGCCAUACCUUCAAUUGUCGGAUGUUAGUAAAACCUUUAACUGAUUCUGAAGAAGAAAGUCAUGAAAACCAGGAAGCACAUCAGAAAUACGAAACUAUGCAGUGCUUUGCUGUUUCUCAGCCAAAGUCCAUCAAGGAAGAUGGUGAAGAUCUGCAAUCUUGCUUGAUUUGUGUGGCACGGAGAGUUCCAAUGAAGGAAAGGCCACUUCUGCCCUCCUCGGAGACUUUUAGUACUCGUCAGGAUUUACAAGGCAAGAUAACUUCAUUGGACACUAGUACCAUGCGAGCAGCUAUGAAACCUGGUUGGGAAGAUGUGGUGAGAAGGUGCAUUCAGAGAUUCUAUGCACAUCAUGAGGGAGAUAUAUCUUUUGCUAAGAGGCAUCACCAAGAGGUGCUGAGGCAGGGGUUAGCAUUCAGUCCCGUGUAUCGGUUUUCUUUGUCUGAUGGCACUAUAGUUGCUGCCCAAACGAAGAGCAAGCUCAUCCGUUCCCAGACUACUAGCGAACCUCAGCUUGUAAUAUCUUUGCAUAUGCUUCACAGGGAACAGAAUGUCUGUGGGAUGAACCAGGAUUUAACUGGACAAGUAAUGGGAAAGCCAUUGAAUACAAUUAGCUCUAACAGUCCUGCCCAUCAAGCCAUGUGCAGUGGGAAUCCAGGUCAGGAUAUGACCAUCAAUAGCAAUAUGAAUUUUGCCAUAAAUGGCCCAAAGGAACAAAUGGGUAUGCCAACAAGCAGGUUUAGUAGUUCGGGUGGGAUGAACCAUGUGUCAAGUAUACAAGUAUCCACUCCUCAGGGUAGUAACUAUGCACUAAAAAUGAAUAGUCCUUCUCAAAACAGCCCUGGCAUGACACCUGGUCAGCCAAACUCCAUGCUUUCCCCAAGGCAUCGUGUGAGUCCUGGAGUGGCAGGAAGUCCUCGGAUCCCACCCAACCAGUUUUCUCCUGCAGGAAGCUUGCAUUCACCUGUUGGAGUUUGCAGCAGCACAGGAAAUAGCCAUAGUUAUACCAACAGUUCCCUCAAUGCACUUCAGGCUCUCAGUGAGGGGCAUGGAGUCUCUCUGGGGUCAUCACUGGCUUCACCUGAUGUAAAAAUGGGUAAUUUACAAAAUUCCCCUGUAAGCAUGAAUCCUCCCCAGCUAACCAAAAUGGGAAGUCUGGAUUCUAAAGAUAGCUUUGGAUUGCAUGGGGAGCAAUCAGAAGAUACAACUGGACAAGCAGAAAGUGUCUGCCAUUCAGGAGAGCAGAAAGAAAAUAAUGAUAACAUGCCCCAAGUUGGCAGUGAAAGACCUGAUGGACAGAAUAGACUGCAUGAUGGCAAAAGCCAGACAAAGCUCUUACAGCUGCUGACCACCAAAUCGGAUCAGAUGGAGCCUUCAUCUUUGGCUAAUACUAUGGGAGAUGCUAACAAGGACUCCCUGGGAAGCUUAUCUGGUUCUGGUUCAGCACAUGGAACCUCGCUCAAGGAGAAGCAUAAAAUUUUGCACAGGCUCUUGCAGGACAGCAGUUCUCCUGUAGACUUGGCCAAGCUCACAGCAGAGGCCACAGGCAAAGAACUGAACCAGGAGACCAGUAGCACAGCUCCAGGUUCAGAGGUAACUGUUAAACAGGAACCAGUGAGUCCCAAGAAGAAAGAAAAUGCACUACUUCGUUACUUACUAGAUAAAGAUGAUACUAAAGAAAUUGGUUUACCAGACAUUACCCCCAAACUGGAACGGUCGGACAGUAAGACAGACCCUUCCAGUAGCACAAAGCCAGUAGCUAUGAAGACUGAAAAAGAAGAAAUGCGCUUUGAGCCGAACGAACAGCCUGGCAGCGAGCUUGAUAACCUGGAAGAAAUUCUAGAUGAUCUACAGAAUAGCCAAUUGUCACAGCUUUUCCCAGACACCCGACCAGGUGCUUCAGCAGGAUCAGUUGACAAACAAGCCAUCAUCAAUGACCUCAUGCAGAUUACAGGUGACAACAGUCCUGGCACACCUGUUGGAUCCCAGAAACCCACAGUGAGGAUCUCUCAAAGCACUUUUACCAAUGCAAGACAAGCACAGUUGGGAAGGAUGUUACCAAACCAGAACUUGCAGCUUGACAUUACUUUGCAAAACCCACCAGGUGCUGGAACUUUUCCACCCAUAAGAAACAAUAGUCCAUAUUCAGUGAUACCUCAGCCCGGAAUGAUGGGUAAUCAAGGAAUUAUGGGAAAUCAAGGAAACCUAGGGAAUAAUAAUCCAGGCAUGAUUGCUGGUAAUACUCCUCGGCCUACUAUGCCAUCAGGAGACUGGGGAGGCCAAGGUGCUGCUGUGAGGGUGACCUGUGCUGCAACAACAAGUGCCAUGAACAGGCCAAUCCAAGGAAGCAUGAUACGUAACCCAACGUCCAGCCUUCCCUUGAGACCUAACAGUCAAGCUGGUCCAAGACAGAUGCUUCAGUCUCAAGUCAUGAAUAUGGGUGCUUCAGAACUGGAGAUGAAUAUGGGAGGUCCUCAGUAUACCCAACAGCAAGCUCCUCCCAAUCAGACUGCUCCUUGGCCCGACAGUAUAUUGCCCAUAGAUCAGGCAUCAUUUAGUAAUCAGAACCGGCAGCCAUUUGGAGGCUCUCCAGAUGACUUGAUGUGUCAGCAUCCUGCCUCUGAGUCUCCAAGCGAUGAAGGAACUCUCCUUGAUCAACUUUAUAUGGCACUAAGGAAUUUUGAUGGUCUAGAAGAAAUUGAUAGAGCUCUUGGGAUACCAGAACUUGUCAGCCAGCAGAGCCAAGCUGUAGAUCCAGAAUCAUUCUCAAACCAGGAACCAAACAUCAUUCUAGAACAAAAGGCACCAGUUUUCACACAACAGUAUGCAUCUCAGGCUCAAAUGGCCCAAGGCAAUUAUACACCAAUGCAGGACCCAAACUUUCACCCAAUGGCACAGCGGCCAGGUUAUGCAGCACUACGGAUGCAGCCUAGGCCUGGUCUGAGGCCUGCUGGUAUAGUACAGAACCCGCCAAAUCAAUUGAGAUUGCAAUUGCAGCAUAGGCUUCAAGCACAGCAGAAUCGCCAGCCAUUGAUAAAUCAGAUUGGCAAUGUUUCCAGUAUGAACCUAUCUCUGAGACCUGGAGUACCUACACAGGUGAGGGAACAGGGAAAUAUUAAUUCACAGAUGCUAGCCCAGAGACAGAGAGAGAUACUAAGCCAACACCUGAGGCAUAGACAGAUGCACCAAGUUCAACAGCGAACUCUGAUGAUGCGUGGCCAGAGUAUGAAUAUGACACCAAGUAUGGUGGCCUCUGGGGGUAUACCAGCAACAAUGAGCAACCCACGGAUUCCCCAGGCAAACACCCAGCAGUUUCCAUUUCCUCCAAACUAUGGAAUAAAUCAGCAGCCUGAUCCAGGCUUCACCGGAGCUACCACUCCACAGAGUCCCCUGAUGUCCCCAAGAAUGGCUCAUACCCAGAGUCCUUUGAUACAGCAGUCUCAGGCCAAUCCUGCCUAUCAGUCCUCUACAGAGAUAAAUGGAUGGGGACAAGGAAAUAUCGGUGGAAAUAGCAUGUUUUCACAACAAUCUCCACCACACUUUGGGCAGCAAGCAAAUACCAGCAUGUACAAUAACAACAUGAACAUCAAUGUAUCCAUGGUGGCCAACAGUGGCGGGUUGAACAACAUGAACCAGAUGACAGGGCAGAUCAGCAUGACCUCUGCAACCUCUGUGCCUACAUCAGGGUUGCCCUCCAUGGGUCCUGAGCAGGUUAAUGAUCCUGCUAUGAGAGGAGGCAAUCUUUUUCCAAACCAGCUACCUGGAAUGGACAUGAUAAAGCAGGAGGGAGAUGCAUCACGGAAAUAUUGCUGACCCUGAAGAUUGUCUGUAUCUUCAACUGAUUGGGCUCCCCAUUCUGAACUACUUGCCAGUCUGAAGAGCUGCGUAUGUCUGAUUUGCCCCAACUUUUCUGCCAGCACUUCUGCUGCAGAAAUGAGAAUUUAGUGCUGCAAUCAGAACAGUGCCAUUAUUGAGUGGCAUCAAACCUUUCUUGGUGGAAGAGCAGUCUCUUCUUUGACAGUCUGAAGCUAGCGUACAGACAAUUGCUCAGCCUGUUCACUGCAUUCACCUUAGUGCAACUUAGAUCUCUCCUGCAAAGUAAAUGUUGAUAGCCAGUUUUCAUAAACCGUGUCAGAUUGAAUGUAUUUAAAUGUAUGUAUUUAAGGAAAACCAACCAUGCUCUCAUUCUGUUCUGUUUUAGUUUUAGAUUUUUAUAUGUUUUCUUUGUUUUCCUUAGCUACACAGUCAGGUGCAAAGGAUUUAGUUUCAUCUGGAAAUCAAUGGUUUGUAUUAGAACGUUCACUCUGUGACGUAGGGAGUAGACCAAAUUAUGACUUCCAGAGUGAUGGUUGAUAAAAUGUGGAGAAUAGAUAUCUAAUCUAGUGGCUAGAUAUGCUGUUCUAUAAAACAAACUUAGUUUUGAAUAGAUCUAAAUCCAUUUGAAUAGGUUUAAAUUUUUAAGUGGGCUAAAACAUCCUGUGAGAGGGCUUUCUAAAGCUUUUUUAACAACUUUGGGAUAAAAUCAUGAGUCAGUCACAUAAUUUAAGUUCCCAUGUUGAUUUCAGCUUCCUUAAAGUUAACUAAUCUUAGCACCCCUGUUCUCCUGCCUUCACUUGGACUUUCUGAUAGAGAAAAGUGUAACCCAAUCAUAGUCCUAGAUCUGUUACCUAAGCUCUAGGUUGCAGGUAAAUUAGUUGCUGAAUAAUUUCUUUAAAUAAGGGUGCAUUUCUUGGUGAUGGAAGUGGCAGGAUUGAGGCAUGAUAUCAGAGCCAAAGGCAUCUGAUUUAAACAAUUUUUCUAUUUUCCCAUCUCCAUAUGUAGGGAAAACAAUGACUUAAGCUAUAGCAGAUAUCACUACAGAAUUAACCAUCAUGUGUUCAAUUAUUUUGAAGCAGUGUGGACUUUGAGGAAGUUUUGUAAGGUACAUACAAAACAGUUUCUAUGUAAACAAGCAAUAAUUUAAGUUGAAGAUUUUAGUGUUUUAAUUGUAUAAUUUUGUGAGGUAUACAUGUUGUGGAGUUGAUUUCCAAAUGAGGUACUUCAGUAUUAAAUUAGAUAUCUUCAUAACUGUGUGUGUCUCCUGGGGACAAAAAUGUGUUUUGUAAAGGAUUACAAUGCCUUGAUUAGACCUAAUUUGUAAGCUUGAGACUUCUUUUUCUAAAUGCGAUUCUGCUCAUAAGUCAUUUAUCUAACCUUAUAUGCAGCCACUGUAGGAGCCAAUUCUUGACUUUUUUGUAUGUUUAUAUUCUUUCGUAAUAAACUUAGCAAAACUGUUGUUCAGCAGACCACUGCUGAAGGUGGUUAUACUCUUACCAGCUGUGGUCUGAGUAUCUUUUAGUAUAAGCUGACAUCAGUUUUUGAGGACUUGAAAUAUCAGGAAACUGAUUGUUUUCGACCUCCUUCUGUUCCCCUCUACACUUUCGUACCUGUAACUCAAAUUUUAGAUGUUACUUAAAAUGCAAAGCAUUUUAUAUUUUCUCUGUCAAUAUUCAUGUCCUUGGAAAUAGACAGCUUGUUAUCAUGAAACCUGGUGUUUGCAUGCAAUGAGAGUUAAAAUAUACAAAGAAAUUGACUUUCAUAGAGUGCUGAAAAGAACAUGUUAUGGAAUAUAUAGAAUGCAUUUCAAAUCAUCUGUUUCCCAUUGAGUGGCUUUCCUAUUCCUUAGAGGGGAAAACUGUACUUCUCACUAGUCACCAGACUCAAAGUAGCUAUUCAAACACCUGAGCCAUCUGGUGAAAACAAAAAAUGUCAGCCCUGAGCUCCAUAUUAUUGAGAGAAUAUGAAUAUAUAUAUACACACACACACAUACAUA